AUGCUUACCGCGGAAACCGAGGUCCUACAGUCGGCGCGCUGCCUCUCCGGAGCGAGCCGAGUGGUUCCAACCUCCACGGCGCCCCGCGUCGCCUUCACCCGAGCGGCUGCCGCGGCCCACACAGCCCCAAGCAGAAAGGUCUCAGAGUCAGGGGGAAGUGCGAUGCGCCGAGCCAAGACUUCAGAGCCUCGCAGAGGCAAGGUAUCAGAGAAGGGUACACCUUGUUGGCCCAGAGAGCGGAGAGCACUCUCCUUCACCUCCACGCCCUGCGUACAGCGUUCCGACGUUGCGGGCUCCAUCGCCGCCGGCGGGUACGCCAGCGCCAUCCGUGUGGGAACGCCCACCAUACCGCCUCCCAGUGGCCACAGCUUGCCGUCCUGGGCAACCACAGAUGCAGGCCUCAGCCCGUUUCACAAGAAGCUUGCCCACCUUGCAGCAGAGAAGCUCCAGCGUGCCUGGCGCCGAUGGUGGCUGUGUAAUUGCAGCUGCUUCGGGCCACAAGGGCUUCGCGCACUGCGGGGAUCCAUUGUGUACCUGCAGCGUUGGUGGCGUGACAUUCUACUCCGCAAACUGAUGAGAAAGCAGGUCGCCAAGGUUUGGCGUGGCAUCUUCCUCCGCGCACAACUCAUGCAUGCGUCCGCCGCGAGGCUGCAGCGGGGCUGGCGCAUGCAUCUGGCGACUCGAUGGCGACUUCGCCUUCGAAAGGCGGUUGAGGAUAUUCAAAAAGCGUGGCGUUGUCACAGAGCUUGCGUCCGGCGGAGGCAGAAGCGCGCGGCUCUGCAGCAACUGACAUCCUUUGCACGGAGGAAGGGUGCCGUGUGCUUUGUGGUCAGAGCCAUGAAUAGGCUCAUCCAGGUGAAGCACGAAGCUGCCGUUUGCAUUCAGAGCUCUUGGCGCGGGCUGCAGAUCCGGCGCCGCUUCGCCGGAGACCGCGACCAGAUGGAGCGUGCACGUGAUCGGCGGGAGAUCAUCCGGCGCAAGGCGCAGCUUCUGGAGGGCAAGGCGUCAAAGGCCCCGACAACUCCGAGCCAUCCGAGCCUACCGCCACGGAUCUGUGGCCCCGGCAUAGUGCAGAGCACCUCCGAGAAGCCAGCCAGCAAUGCCUCCUCGGCAACGCCACGUGAUGGGCGCAUGCAGUCUCGGAGCAAGCGCCUUUCCCUAGGCAGCAAAGAUCCUCCAGCCGCUCCACGCCCCCACGCACAAGCUCCCGCGGGCUCCAUAUCCAUGGCUAAGUUCUUGGCUUCACAGAACGCACUUUCUUCGUCUUUUCGCAACACUACGGCUGUGGAUGUCCCAGCGCUCCUACGCAGCCUCUUGACGCGCGGCCUCCUCUCGAGCCGGCCACAUAGCUCGCCCUUCUCUGCGGAGUUGGGCCGCAAUUCAGAUCUCGAGGCCAUUCACAAUUGGCUUGCGAGUGCCCUGCCCAGUCUCCGUGUACGCGGCGUCCUGCGCGUGGAGUGCAGUGGAGCUGCAGCAGCUGCAUACAGCAGUGUUGCCUCCACACUGGGGCCGGAGAGGCUGCUUUGGCAUGGAACCUCCUGGGACUGCGUAGGAAACAUUGCGCAGAACGGCUUCAACCGUGGCUACAGCGGACGACAUGGUUCGAAGUUGGGGAAAGGUAGCUAUUUCGCCGAAGAGCCAGCCUUUGCCCUCCGCUUCUGUGGGCGGCGGGAACCGAAGGCAAUUUUCUUGGCAGGACACCUGGAGUGGAAGCAAUCUUCGCUACUUGGCUUCAAGGUUCAGGAGACGAGGAGCAUGCUGAACAUUCAUGUGGCUCUGUCCGGAAAGCUGACAACUCCGGAAAGCAACAUGCUGCUCAAUGCAUAUGAGCAGAACCGUCAGCAUUCGAUGGGACUGCAGAUCCAAGAACCAACCGUCCACUUCUCGAAGCGGCCCAGGAAAACAGUACUUUGCCUGGCCACUGUCGCCAAACGAGAGGGGCAGCGCAUCUGCACCUUCGAUCGCCUGGUCGAGAUGAACGGUUUCCGCGGCCCGAGCCUGGAAAUGGCUCGGCUUUUAGCACGCAACGUUCGACCCGAAGGGCUGUUACUCACACUGCAGCGGCCUGUGGAACGACGGGUCAGACUUCAGCUACCUGGAGAAUUGGGCCUCACUGUCCACUACAAGAAGUAUGGCUCUCUCGCACCGUGGGUGUCCGAGAUGCCUCUGACAGGCCUAAUUGCAAGGUGGAACCUGGAAAGGCCACACGAGGCUAUUGCCGCCAACGACCGCCGCUGGGCCCGCAAUGCCUUGGAUGCGUCGGGACAAAUCCUCUACGAACUUACCAUCUUGGGUGCAAAGUGGAAACUCUGCCUGGGCAUUCUCAGAGGGUGCCAGCUUGCGUUCGGGAUUCGGGCCCUUGUGCCCACUGGGCUGCUGAGCUCCAAGGCCGAAGAAAUUUUAACCCAGGUGCUGGCCCCAUGCCACCUGAAGCCAGAGGUCCAGGUCCUGUCUCCCAAACGGCUAUCGGACCCCGGCUUUCCAGAGCCAGUGCUGACGCCACCAUCUUUCCUUCAUCCCGAUGCAAUUCCGGACCUCUUUGAAGCUUCUUGUAGCACGUGCUCUGGCUCCCUGGGAUUGGUGAUGGAUGCCACGGACCCAUCGUGCCUGAUUGUGAAGAUGAUCGAGCGACGAGGUGCCCUUCCUGAGUGGAACGAGGUCGCCCCCGAAGGAAAGCGAGUCAGCAAAUAUGACCGCAUCAUAGAGGUCAACGGCCAGGGCGGCGAGAGCGAAGAGUUAAUGAAGCGUUUACACAGCUUGGAUCUCACGUGGUUCUCGAUCACCAUCCAGCGACCAGAGGCACGGCUCGUAAAACUGCACCUGCCGGGCGACACCGGUAUGAGCGUAGAGUACGAGAAGAGCGAGUCAGCGGUGCCCUGGAUCAGCCGGAUCUCCAACGGGCUACUCAGAAGCUGGAAUGAAGACAUGCCGGAGCAGUCUGUUGCUGUGCAUGACCGCAUCGUGUCCGUGAAUGGCUGCGCCGGCUCAAGCGAGCUGAUCCUGGAUCGGUUGGCUUUGGCGGAAAAGACGAUCGAGCUCCUAGCGCCGCGGCAGAAAGAGAGGGUUCUCAAGGGAUUGGACCGCUUGGGGGUGGCUUUAGGGGUUUCGGGGAGAGAGUGGGUAGAUGCACAAGGGGAUGUAUAUAUAUAUAUAUAUGUGGCCGAGACCUUUAGGGUCUAUUUCACGGCUGGUUCUUCUUUCAGUAGUAGUGCAGCAAUAAUAUUAAUUUUAAUAUUAUUAUGA